AUACAGCAAAGUUCCGAAAUAACCUUUUCAACUAUGAGGACCUCAAGUGCACUAUUAAUCCUUGGCGCGUUGAUCCUUGCGUCGGUAGCGAAAAAUACGGCCCAUCCGAGGGAAAAACGAGCCAUCAGUGAGCAGGCAAAUGCAGCCGUGGAGAAAGGUAUGGCCUUUGCUAGUGCCGUUGUUGAAAAGUUGAAAAAUAGUGAAGUGGGUCGCAAACUGAUUGGCAAAGUGGUGGGAGGAAUGGGAGAUCUGCGUGGCAAGCGCUCGAUACAAAUCGAUGCUGCGCUCACAAACUACAAUACCGCCCAGUACCAAAAGCUGGAGGUACAUAAAACCCUUACUAAUGAUGCCGCCAGUAAAAAUAAAAUCUCGACCUGUCCAAUCGCUCAGAACGAGCUGAACUUCAUUGAAACCAUUUCCAUUGCCGUCCAGCAUGCGCUUGGUGAGGUGAACAAGGUUAUAAAUGGGCAAAAGGUAGCUUUUCAAGUACCCAAGCCAACGUCUGUUGCUGCGUGA